AUGGCUCGAGGCACUGCAAGUGGCCGUGCUGAGUCCGGACGAAGGGCACCACAGAGAAUCGCGACGCCCAGCGGGUCCAGAGCCGUGGCCACAACCGGAACCACCUACUCCAAUCCCAAUGCCACCUCCGAGAACGACGACGACGCGAGUUUCUUCUCCGAGUCCGCGCCAGACAACGACGACUCGGACAACGACGACUUUGCACCACACAUGGGUGCGCGCGGCAAGCGAAAGCGUGCUGAUGGCUCAAAGUCUUCAAAGUCGUCAAAGUCUGCUGCUAGUGCUGGUGCUGCGGCAGGGAAGAAACCUCCUCGAAAAAAGGCAAAGGGAAAGGCAAAAGAGGAGCACUUGAUUUUGAACCUGAGCAAUCUCUCCGAGGUGACAUUCGAUAUUCUACAUGAGAUCUUUUCCUACCUAAGCCCCCUUGACCUCCUGAACAUUGCACUGUCGAACAAAGCCAACAAAGCAUUUCUGUAUUCGCCCGAAUGCAAAUCCAUCUGGAAAGCCGCAAGGAGGAAUUUCCCUGGGUUUCCAGAGUGUCCUGAUGAUAUGACGGAGCCUCAGUACGCGUAUUUGGCGUUUGGGAAGGAGUGUUUUAAAUGCGGGAAGACAGCACCGAAGAAAUUAUAUACGGUCUGGACGGCGCGCAAGCGCUUGUGCUCAACAUGCCUGAAUAAGAACUUCGAAUCAGCGUACCUAUACGGACAACCACGAUACUCACACCACCAGGAUAUAGCGCCUCUGCUAAAAUUUCUCCCUACUAUAACUAUAUCCAACAGUGGUAUCUACAGCUGUUACGAAACAGCCCAUCGAUGGACUUCAAAACGUUAUUCUCCUAAUGUUGAUAUAAAGGCGUGGGUCAAGACUAUGGUUGCAAAAUGGUCCGUGAUUAAUGAGCACGCCAAAGCAUGCGAAAUAUGGGAGCAGCAGUGUCUGGAUGUAGUUAAAGAGACGAAGAAGAAUACUUUUGACGCGCGUGUAGAUGCGAUACUUGACCGCCUUGAAACAACAGGAUGGCAGGCUGAAGUCCAGGACAUCAGAACUGCCAACGAACCGGAACGUAGGCGGGAGUUCUCUCAACAGCCUCUUAUACGGAAGAUCUGCCAGAAAGACAUCACACAACGAAUUUUCCAAAACCAAAGCCCGGCGCUUGCAGCGUUCAUGGAAAAGUAUAGGGAGGAUAUGCGUCUCCGAAUGCGAGAGGAGCUGCUCAAAGCUCGAAUCCCAUAUCUAAAUAACGUUAUUAAAGCCUACACUGCUACGGCGCCGCCAAACGAAGUUUCCCCAGCGGUAAGCGACUUCUUCGCGCACAAAGACGUCCGGGACUUCGUCAUCAACACUCCGAGCAUCACAAGCGCCGCCGACUUCGCCCCGCUCCUCGAACGGCUGCCAGCAAUUGCCCAGGAGAUCGUGAAGCUAAUGACAGAGAAACUGAGGCGUAUGGUUGCCACAACAGGUGGUGAAUUCGCCGCGGACCCAGCGAUAGUCCUCGAGCUCGCAACAACAACUUUCCGGUGCCCAGACUGCGAAUCGGGCAACCGGCAAGAGGCGGGUCUGAUGCGCUACCCGCGUGUGCUCGCGCACCACCACGCAUUGAAGUGGCACUAUCAGCGGCCGGUUGAGGAUGACGACAUGAAAAUUCUCCGGCAAGUGACAGGUGUUGUGCCGUGGAAUCAAUCCCAAAUUAUUGAGUUCGAUACAUCUGCUGCGGUGGCGUUAAAGAGUGUUAUAAAGCUUUGUGGGUUGGAUCCAAAGACGACAACGAAGGAGAAGAUGGAUGAAUUGGAUCCGAUUGUUGAGUGUUUGACAUGCAAUGCAUUGGAGAAAGGGAGGAUGGUUAUGCGGUGGCAGGUGGCUUCUCGGCAUUUCAACAAUGAGCACAAAUACGCCACUCUGGCACGUCGUAUGCGGAUUUCAAUUCUAAAAGGCGAAGACGCAGAGACGAUCAGAGCCAGAUUGAACGAAGAAGAAGAGCGCACACGUGCAGCGGCCGACUACACAGGUUUGGCUUGUGCUCAAUGUUGCAAGCAUGGCAAUACCGUCACCCUCAGAAGCCAUCUUCUAAAAGAGCAUGGCAUCGACAAGUCAUCUGUUAAAGAUAAUAUUGCGGUGAGGAUUGACUCGAACUCGGUUCAAAAGCAGUUCUAUGCGUGGCCCCCACGAAAAGAGGUCAAACUUGAAAACCCAGUACAAACUUGA